ACAGUGAUGAUGAUCAGUGAUCAUAUCGGUGAUAAGGUUGUGCUGUUGUACUAUUACUCUUCUCCAAAUGAAAUAGGAAGAAGUAGUGAAGAACAAAGAGUCAGAUUGAUGAGUUCUACGUUGUCGUUUUGAGUUACAUGUCAUAUGAAAGAAAUUUUUUACAUUUGAGUUAAAUAAUAAAGAAUUUCAAAUUAUUUUCUUUUCAUUUGACUGGUUUAGGUUUUUUAUAAUCAAGUGUUUGUUAAUCAAUAUCCAGGCAAACGUGAAAUGAAUAGAGUAGUUAAGUACAUUGGGAAUUGAUGUCAUAUUCAGAAUUAUAACCGACCCAUACCAAAAACUCGAACUGACCCAACCAAACUUUAAACUAAACUAACCAAAAUAAACCGAAUUUAUUUAAAAUGUUAAGAAAAUUAAACUUUUGACCAAAAAAAAAAAAAAAAAUAAACUAAAUUUAACCGAAAUCAAAAUUUUCAUCUAAAUUUUCAAAUUUCGGACUAACCGAAUACCGAACCAAAUUUUAUUUUCGGAUUAAUUUGGUAAAACUUAUGUCGAACCGAAUUAACAGAAAAUCAAACUAUCCGAGCUAACCGAAUUCACAUGCCCAAUUCUAUUUAUUGUUAGCACUUACAUGAACACAUACGUUUUACCAUGUCUCAUGUCAAAUAAAGUUUACAAGAUCUACGUAGUUCUAUUUAUUGUUACCAUUUUUACAUGUACACAUGUUUAUCAUGUCUUCUUCUUUUUUUGUAACACUAUCAUGUCUAGUCUCAGAAAAAAAAAAUCAUUAUGUUUAUUUUAGGGUUGGUAAGAUGUAUAUUAGGUCUCAAUCCCUUCAAUAUUUUUAACAACUAUUGUUAUUUAUUCAUAAAAAGUACAAACAAUAACCAUAAAUACAUUGAACAUAAUUAAUCUGAAAGAACAAAAACAGUUAGAAAGUAAAAACUGAUGAUACUUCUCUAUAAGAGGUCUUGUUAUCUGAGCUUCAAACAAAUUAACUUGUUAGUUUGCUUCUGCCUAUUCACUCUUGAUCCCAUACGAUUUUCAAGUUCGGCUAUCACCCAUAGAUGAAAUUCCAAACUUUAUAUCAUAACAUAAUCACUACAAUACCAAUUUUUUUUUUUUGUAUAACAUUAGCCCACUCCAAAUUUUAGAUCUAAAAAUAUCUUUCUAUAAAGAACCCAAUGUAUUAGUUCUUUUGAAAAGAAUAAAAAUUGAAGUUACCAAUUUUCAAUGACUAUAGAAACAUCACCGUACAACAAAAGUAGUACAUCUUCAGUUACGAACCAUUGUCUCCUCCAUAGAAGUUUCCAUAGUUUCAUCAAUAAAUCAGUUUUCUCAUAUUCAUAUACCACAUAUAUUGUAUCCAAAUAUGAGCAUUAAUCGAUUCUUCCUUUCGUGUUGCAAGUCUCUUUGCUUGGCUAUCAAACUUUCAUCAUCAAACUUUAAUAGCCAAAAGUAACAAGCCAUCUUCAAAUUAUCAUAUAAUUUUUCUGACGGAUUAUCUUCCACCAGUAGAAGGAAGAUGAAAGUACGUUUAAGGUAGCAUCUCAUAAGAUUUGGAAUAGAUUUUCCUAAAAUCUGAUCCAAAAACCCAUAGAAAUUGGCCAUCGGUCAUGGGUAUAAUAUAAAGACCACGUCGGAGAUAGAAGAUGCAUAAUGGAUGCAACCGUGCAACAUCUCACAAACCUAAGCCCGCGCGCAAGUAAAACGUUCAUUCAAGAGUCAUAAAUCGGCAAAGCAAAAAUUGGCCCCUAGAAACAAGAAAGGUACAUCUCACCCAGAUCAAAGAUUUAGCGUUUUCAAAUGGAGAUCGGAAUAGAUCUAGAAUGAUCAAUUUACAAAAUGGAUCAAAAGAUAUCUCCAGAAUAAUCAAUGGUGUAAGAAUCAACCAAAGAAACAAUGAUGUAUUCUUCAUUAAACAAUUCCGGUGAAGAAACAAAAAGUAAUAGGAAAGAGUUGUUCGUACGGAGUUGUUCGUACAUACUCCCUCACUCGUUCGUCUUCUUCCUCGUCGCUUAAGACUAGGCAUUCAUCAAAUGACGCAAAUGGUAGAAAAUCAGUGAGAAAGGCAUGAAUUGAAGCAUAAUAAAAUCAUCGCCUUUCUGAUUGCAGAGCGUCUCAAUCCCUUCAAUUAUUCAAAAACACCAAAAGUCUAAAAACAUGUGGCUAUCAAUAAUCUCACAUCUACUCCAUAGUUCCUAAAACAUUAACUGAAAAUGUCAUAAAAUUAAAACGACAAUUUAUUAGUACCAUAAGUAACAUUUUGCAAAAUAUCUUCCUACAUAUUGCUAUCUUUUUAUUUAUGGAAAGUUUCCUAGUGGUUUGAUUUGACCAAAGCUAUCAAUUAAAUUAAAAAAAAUAAUAUUCGAUACAACCAUAAUAUAUAUUCUGCAAGUGUAUUUGUUCUGCGUUUACCAAUUCAUGGCGGCCACAAACCUCGAGACAUCGUCAAACUCAAACAUAGCCGACGAUGACUACGAUUACCUCUUUAAACUAGUCUUGAUCGGAGAUUCUGGCGUCGGAAAAACUAACCUCUUAUCUCGGUUCACUAGAAAUGAAUUCAGUAUCGAGUCAAAGUCAACCAUCGGUGUAGAAUUUGCGACCAAAAGUGUUCAUGUCGACGAGAAAAUCAUCAAAGCUCAGCUUUGGGAUACCGCUGGUCAAGAAAGAUACAGAGCAAUCACGAGUGCAUACUACAGAGGAGCCGUAGGGGCUCUUCUAGUAUACGACAUAACUCGACACAUAACGUUCGAGAACGUUGAACGAUGGCUCAAGGAGCUUCGUGACCAUACCGAUGCCAAUAUUGUGAUAAUGCUCGUUGGAAACAAAGCUGAUCUUCGUCACCUUCGUGCUGUUCCUACCGAAGAAGCUAGAUCGUUUUCUGAGAGAGAGAACAUGUUCUUCAUGGAAACUUCUGCUCUUGAUGCUACAAAUGUUGAGCAAGCUUUCACUCAUGUCUUGACUCAGAUCUACCGUGUUAUGAGCCGUAAGGCUCUUGAUGGUACUGGAGACCCAACGUAUUUGCCUAAAGGACAGAGUAUUGAUAUUGGAAGCAAGGAUGAUGUUACUGCUGUUAAAUCCUCUGGUUGUUGCUCAGGUUGAGAUUAUGGUUUAAGGUUGGUUUUGGUACACAAACCGCAUUUGUCUGGAAUUAAACAUCGGUCUGGUUAGUAAGGCCGUUUUAGUCUGAACGUAAACUGAACUGAACCAAAAUAUCGCAGUUAGACUUCAGUUAUAGUUUUCUAGUACCGAACUAGAACCGAAAAACCUUGAAAUGUGUAUCCCUAAACAUGUUACUUAAUUUGUACUAAUGAUUCUUUUUAUAUGCUUGGUAUUUUGUUUAGCAAUUGAGAUCUUGUUUUCUAUAUAGUUUUGUAUCUUUUGAUUAUGAGAUUUUGUUGCAAACAAA